CUUAGAGUCGUCACGUGUUUCAUCGCGAGAUUUGAGUCUUGUGAUCUCGGGUGAAGAUGGCGGCUCCGCCUGACGAGCAGAGCUUAGAGUCCCGCAUCAACAAAGCGACCAACCCUUUAAAUCGAGAAACUGACUGGGAGAGUAUUCAGCUGUUCUGUGACCAGCUCAGCAAUGAACCUGAAGGUCCACAGUUGGCCACCAGACUUCUUGCUCACAAGAUUCAGUCUCCUCAGGAGUGGGAAGCCAUGCAGGCGCUCACGGUUCUAGAGACCUGUGUGAAGAACUGUGGGAAAAGGUUCCAUAACGAGGUGGGGAAGUUCCGUUUCCUGAACGAGCUCAUCAAAGUGGUUUCCCCUAAGUAUCUUGGUUCUCGAGCCCCAGAACCAGUAAAGAAAAAGGUUUUAGAAAUGAUGUACAGCUGGACUGUGAGUUUACCAGAAGAGACCAAGAUUUCUGAUGCUUACCAGAUGCUAAAGAAACAAGGAAUUAUUAAGCAGGACCCAGACCUUCCUGAAGACAAGCUCUGCCCUCCUCCACCACCUAGGCCCAAAAACGCUAUCUUUGAGGAUGAGGAGAAAUCAAAGAUGUUGUCUCGCCUUCUGAAUAGCUCUCACCCUGAGGACCUGCGGGCAGCAAACAAACUCAUUAAAGAAAUGGUUCAGGAGGAUCAGAAGCGUAUGGAGAAGGUGUCAAAGAGAGUGAAUGCUAUUCAGGAAGUAAAGGAGAGUGUUGGGCUUCUCACACAGCUACUGGGGGAUUACAGCAAAGAGAGCGGCUCACAUGGCAACGAGGAGUUAAUUAAGGAUCUUUACCAGCGCUGUGAGAAAAUGAGGCCUACUCUGUUCAGACUGGCCAGUGAUACUGAAGACAACGAUGAAGCUCUCGCUGAGAUCUUACAGGCAAAUGACAGCCUAACGCAGGUGAUAAAUCUGUACAGACAGCUGGUGAAAGGCGAGGAAGUGAAUGGAGACACCAGCAGCACCUCCAAACUCCCAGGCUACAGUACUGCUCUCUUGGAUCUCACAGGGCUGGAUACCUCUUCUUCGGCUCAGUCUUUCUCUGAAUUUCCCUCUAAGACACUGUCUUCACAAGAUUUGGGCAUCAGCCUUUUGGAUGAUGAGCUCAUGUCCCUGGGCUUAACUGAAGUCAAUUCUAAUCUGGCAUCUUCUCAAUCUGGAGAUGCAGUGACAUGGAAUACUUUUCAGUCAUCAGAGUCUGUGGAUACAGCUGUUACUCCAGCCCCUCCAGUGCUGCUGCCGGUGGCGAGUGCUACCAAGACACCUGUUACUGUGCCUGUGACAUCCACUAAAUCCCUAGACGAGUUAGACCUGUUGGGGAAGACCCUGCUUCAGCAGUCUCUACCCCCAGAAAACCUUCAAGUCAAAUGGGACAAACUUCAGUCUCAGUCCAAGCCCACACUAAGAGACCUUCAGAUCAAGUCUGGAACCAACAAUGCUACAACCCCCAGUCCUGUGUUGGCCUUCUCUUCUGAGCCAGGCAGUCUCUUGAAUUCCCAGCUCCCAGCAGGCACCACUCCAGCUUCUACCCCUCAGGAUGAUAUAUCAUUGGUGAAUGUGACUGUGCCCCUGGAGUCUAUCAAACCUAGUAGCUUGUUACCCGUGACAAUCUUCGAUAAACACAGCCUUCGAGUUCUGUUCCAUUUCGCAAGAGACUCUCCACCAGCCCGGCAAGAUGUUUUAGUGGUGAUUAUCUCAAUGUUGUCAUCCGCCCCUGUGCCCAUCACUAAUGUACGAUUCCAGGCGGCCGUUCCUAAGAAUAUGAGAGUAAAGCUGCAGCCACCGUCAGGAUCAGAAUUACCUGCCUUCAAUCCUUUAUUGCCCCCUGCCGCCAUUACACAGGUCCUGCUUUUAGCCAAUCCUCAGAAGGAGAAGGUGCGGUUGAGAUACAAACUGACAUUUGAUUUAGGAGAAGAAUCGCACGAUGAGAGCGGAGAUGUAGAGCAGUUCCCUCCACCAGAGUCUUGGGGAAACAUUUAAAGAACAGACUGAUUUCCUGCUAGCGGCCCCUCUGCUUCCUUACGGCAGUUCAUAUCCAGACUGUGUCAAUGGCUCUGCCUUUGGUCCACAUCCUUCUAUCUACUCCUUAAUGUCUGAAUGAGUACUGGGAGGAGGCCUUUAAAGAACUCAUUUUAAUUCCAGUUGCUCUUUUUUUUUUUUUUUCCCAGCUUAUUUUUUUUUGUUUUGUUUUGUGGUAUGUCAGGCCCUUUUUGUAUGAAGCUUUAAUUGUUUGAAAGUUAGAGACUUGAGUUUUGUGGUCAUUUAUGACAUUAUUUUCAUGUGUGAAUCGAGAUACUGCGGUCUCAGUCGGCAGUAAUGGCAUAGAGCAAAUUCAGUUUCUGCACUAAUUGUUUCAUUCUCAUAGUGUUGAUUAAUAGGUUUUCACUUGCACACAUUCUUGAUCUUAUUUUGUGUGUGUGUGUGUGUGUGUUUGGUUGUAUUGUCAGGCUGCAUGUGGUUUUAAUGGCAACUAAAAAAAUCAAUUUCUUAGCAAGAAAUAGUUCAAAUUCAAAUGGUCUAUAUUGCAAAUCAUACAGCCCCGCUUAUCAAUCAUUGUAAUUUUGUUCAUCUUAAUUUAAGAUUGCCCUAAAAUUGCCCCAUGCGCACUGUACUGCUCUUGAACAUCAUGCUGAUGUCUUGUUUAUAUUUACCGUACGUGCCUAAUCAGAUUUUUUUUUUUUUUUUUUUCAUGUUGACGUGAAUAGACAUUUAUGUAUUGAUGCUUGUUUUUAAUUGGCAAAAGUUUUCCCCUUUUCUUUGUCUUUUUGUGAUUUCCUGAAGGUUCCACAUGUAAUCUGGGCUCUCCCGAUGCAGUGGUUUAAUAAAUACUUUCACCUUUACCAUUCCUAUAUGAGGUAGUUGAAGAAUACUGUACUCAAGAUGAUAACACAGGUAAUUAAAUAACUGUAUUUUGGUUAUACGUAGGUGGAAGCAGGAUGCUCCUGCAUCUCUAGACAGGAAUUGAAAUCACUGUGUUCCCAAAGUAAACAAUUCUAGUUUGUGUCACUCUUUACAGCUGAAGGUCUGCGAUGAAGUCGGUUGCAUUCCAGAUCAUUAAUGUCCUUCCAACAUGACAGUGUAAAUAAAAUCGGUAUUGCUAUUAUGUACAUUUGCCAAAAAUUAAUACAGAGACUAAACAUAUGGAGAAGUGAAUGUAGUGCAAAUAUGUAUUUAAGGGAAAUAAAGUUAUUCUUUUUCUCU